AUGGUCUCGCAAGAAGAUCAAAAAUAUUGGCCUCUUGUCACAUUCGAGAAUGGACAAAUUCAGUUCAACGAGGAGGUGGCACGGGCCACAUUUGCCCAUCCAAAAUACGAAGCUUUAAAAAUCAGUUUGGUUAGCGUGAUUGGUCCGACGAGAACCGGGAAAAGCUUUUUAAUUGCUUAUUUGGCCGAGGGAGCUCCGUGUCAUUUCAUAACUGGACGUUUCAAAAGCGGUUACGAUCCGGUGACGGAGGGGAUCAAAAUUUUCUUCAGCCCGCUGAUUUUUCGGGACGACUGGGGCAUCCAGCACGCCGUUUUCUUUCUGGACACCCAAGGCACUUUCGAUCUAAAGAGUGACCGCGAGAUCUCCGAGUGGAUCACCACGCUGAAUUUUCUCAUUUCUGACAUUCAGAUAAUCAAUUUGAAAGGAAAUAUCAACGGUGAGGAUUUGCGAACGGUGCACAGAGCCUCCGAGGUGGCGGCCUCAAUGAAUGGACAUCAGAUGGCUAAAAACCUCCUUUUUCUGGUACGAGACACCGCGCAGCCGAACAUGGACACUGCUACGUUCCUCAAUUGUGUUUGGUCACGCUGCUCACAAUCUAAAGAAUUGGCUAAUGUAGUCACCUCAUUGCGAAAGAGAUACCCGCAAGAGCACACAAAAUGCAUCUUGACGUCGAUGCCUUCAAAGGAUUUGGUUAAAGCCGAUAAUUUUGCAAUAAUUCGGAACGAUGAUUUGGACAUUCUUCAUCGUUUUGAAGAAGUGGAAAAACUCAUCAAAAACACGAUCGCUUUAAAUGAUCGAUCUUUUCGAAGCCCGGAUGAUCAUAUUGAUUAUUGGAAGGUCAGC